UGCAGAAAUGACGUUCGAGUGGAGAGAGAAAGUGGUUUUAAUUACGGGUGCCUCGAAUGGGAUAGGCGCUGAAGUAGUCAAAAUAUUAAUUGACGUCGAAAAUGUAAAGCAUGUAUCUAUUUUGGAUAUUGAAGAUCCUUUCACAGAACAAAAAAUACUCAGCACAGCUCAUAAUAAAAAUAAAGUAAAACAUAUAAAAUGUGAUGUGACUGAUGAUACACAACUCUUUGAUGGUUAUAAGGAUGUAAUAGACAGAUAUGGGUGUAUUGAUGUGGUUAUUAAUAAUGCUGGAUUCAUGAACGAUUCCUUAGACAAAUAUAAGAAAGAAAUAGAACUAAAUGUGACAGCAUUAUGCACUAGUUCCCUUAAAGCAAUAGAAGUAAUGCGCAAAGAUGAAGGUGGGCAAGGUGGAACAAUUAUAAAUAUAUCGUCCAUUUGUGCACUGAUUCAACAUCCAUUGAUGCCAAUUUAUUUUGGUACCAAGAGCGCAGUAUUGCACUUCAGCAAUUGUAUUGGUCUGGAACAUUAUUACUACCGAACUGGAGUUCGAGUGAUAACAAUGUGUUACGGUGGCACGAAUACAGGAUUAAUAUCGGCAGGAAGUCUUGCCUCUUUCGAUAAAUUCACAAACGACAACUUAAUGGAUAUAUUAAAGGAAUUUCAAAUACAAAGCCCAAAAUCUGCGGCCGUAGGGUUAAUUGAAGCAUACAAGAAAGGCAAAAGUGGUAGUACAUGGUUGGCAGUGAAAGAUAAACCUGUAAGGGAUAUAACAGAGAAUGUAACAAAAGCUUAUGAAAUAUUGUCUGAAGGUGCUAUUUAGCUAUUUAGAUCUCUUUGUAACAAAAUACAUUUUCAUUUUAUUACCUACCAAAGAUAUGUGUAAAUAUUACAAUAAAAAAUAAUGGAGUUUU